GGUCUCCCGUUUGUUUGAACAGGAAGGCGGACAUAUUAGUCUCUCUCGGCCCCCAGCGCCCCCCCAUCCGAGGCUUUCGCCGCCGCCACUCGCCCUUUCCUUGCCUGGGCCGCUGCCCCUCCCAGGAGCUUCCCCUACCUCCCGCAUCCGCAAGCCUCCGGGACCCAACUUCGGUCUUCCUCACGACCCCGCUCCUCAACCUGUCCUAAGUCUCUCCAUCGGGCACCGACCUCGCCCUGCCCCGCCGGACACCGCGGCAGCGAAACGCGGCAGCGACCCGACGGAAUGGGAGCGUGAGGCCGUCCUGCGGGGACCAGCGCUCGUCCGAGACGGAUCCGCGCGCCAGCCGGGCCAGGUGGAACCGGGGAUGCGGUGCUAGACCGCCUCCGGCGCCUCAGGACGGAGCGGGCCGGUUCGCGGCCCAGGCUGCGGCGGCGGCGGCGGCUGGCGCAGCUCCUUACCCGCCCUUUGCUUUCGCCUUUUUCCGCGCCCUCCCCGGCUUCCCCGAGGGAGUCUCCACCCUGCUGCUGCGGCGGCGGCCGCUUCCCUCCCUCGGCCGGCCCAUCCCCGGACCCGUGCCCCUCCAUGGCGAGGGCAGCCGGGGCCCGCUAGGCUGAGGCGCCUCGCCGGAGCGACCGGGGCUGCUGGCGACGGCGCCGUGGGGCUGUCGCGAAGGGCUGCCGGGUGGGAUGCGACUUUGGGCAUCCGGGCGACUGUGGGUCGCUGUCGCCCCCGGGCCGGGCUCUGGAGAGCGGCGUUCUCCGCAGUGAAGAGGGGACGUCGGCGCGGGAAGCGGGCGCACCUGGUGACCCCGAGGUUCCGGCUCCUGCGCCCGGCGGCGGCGGCUGCGACUGCGAACCCACCGUCGCAGAGGAAGUUGGCUGAAAUUGCUUUCCGCUGCCGGUACGAGGAUAUUGUCACACCGGAGUGAGCAACAUGUCGACUGGGGACAGUUUUGAGACUCGGUUUGAGAAAAUUGACAACCUGCUGCGGGAUCCCAAAUCGGAAGUGAAUUCGGAUUGUUUGCUGGACGGGUUGGAUGCUUUGGUUUAUGAUUUGGAUUUUCCUGCCUUAAGAAAAAACAAAAAUAUUGACAACUUUUUAAGCCGAUAUAAAGACACAAUAAACAAAAUUAGAGAUUUGCGAAUGAAAGCUGAAGAUUAUGAAGUAGUAAAAGUGAUUGGAAGAGGUGCAUUUGGAGAAGUUCAAUUGGUGAGGCAUAAAUCCACCAGGAAGGUAUAUGCAAUGAAGCUUCUCAGCAAAUUUGAAAUGAUUAAGAGAUCUGAUUCUGCCUUUUUUUGGGAAGAAAGAGACAUUAUGGCUUUUGCUAACAGUCCUUGGGUUGUUCAGCUUUUUUAUGCAUUCCAAGAUGACCGAUACCUCUAUAUGGUAAUGGAAUACAUGCCUGGAGGAGAUCUUGUAAAUUUAAUGAGCAACUAUGAUGUGCCAGAAAAAUGGGCACGAUUCUAUACUGCAGAAGUAGUUCUUGCAUUGGAUGCAAUUCAUUCUAUGGGUUUUAUUCACAGAGAUGUGAAGCCUGAUAACAUGCUGCUGGAUAAAUCUGGACAUUUGAAGUUAGCAGAUUUUGGUACUUGUAUGAAGAUGAAUAAGGAAGGUAUGGUACGAUGUGAUACAGCAGUUGGAACACCUGAUUAUAUUUCCCCUGAAGUAUUAAAAUCCCAAGGUGGUGAUGGUUAUUAUGGACGAGAGUGUGACUGGUGGUCUGUUGGGGUUUUCUUAUAUGAAAUGCUUGUAGGUGAUACACCUUUUUAUGCAGAUUCUCUUGUUGGAACUUACAGUAAGAUCAUGAACCAUAAAAAUUCACUUACUUUCCCUGAUGAUAAUGACAUAUCAAAAGAAGCAAAAAACCUUAUCUGUGCCUUUCUUACUGACAGAGAAGUAAGAUUAGGGAGAAAUGGUGUAGAAGAAAUUAAACGACAUCUCUUCUUCAAAAAUGAUCAGUGGGCUUGGGAAACACUUCGAGACACUGUAGCACCAGUUGUACCUGAUUUAAGUAGUGACAUUGAUACUAGUAAUUUCGAUGACUUAGAAGAAGAUAAAGGAGAUGAAGAAACAUUUCCUAUUCCUAAAGCUUUUGUUGGCAACCAACUGCCUUUUGUUGGAUUUACAUAUUAUAGCAAUCGUAGAUACUUAUCUCCAACAAAUCCUAAUGAUAACAGAACUAGCUCCAAUGCAGAUAAAAGCUUGCAAGAAAGUUUGCAAAAAACAAUCUACAAGCUUGAAGAACAGCUACAUAAUGAAAUUCAAUUAAAAGAUGAAAUGGAGCAGAAGUGCAGAACUUCAAACAUAAAACUAGACAAGAUAAUGAAAGAAUUGGAUGAAGAGGGGAAUCAGAGAAGAAAUUUAGAGUCUACAGUGUCUCAAAUUGAGAAGGAGAAAAUGUUGUUACAACAUAAAAUUAAUGAAUACCAAAGAAAAGCUGAACAGGAAAAUGAGAAGAGAAGAAAUAUAGAAAAUGAAGUUUCUACAUUAAAAGAUCAGUUGGAAGACUUAAAGAAAGUAAGUCAAAAUUCACAGCUUGCUAAUGAGAAGCUGACACAAUUGCAAAAACAGCUAGAAGAAGCCAAUGACUUACUUAGAACAGAAUCAGACACAGCUGUAAGACUAAGGAAGAGUCAUACGGAGAUGAGCAAAUCAAUUAGUCAGCUGGAAUCCCUGAACAGAGAAUUGCAAGAAAGAAAUCGAAUUUUAGAGAAUUCCAAGUCACAAACAGACAAGGAUUACUACCAAAUGCAAGCUGUAUUGGAAGCUGAACGAAGAGACAGAGGUCAUGAUUCUGAGAUGAUUGGAGACCUUCAAGCCCGAAUUACGUCUUUACAAGAGGAGGUGAAGCAUCUCAAACACAAUCUUGAAAGAGUAGAAGAAGAAAGAAAAGAAGCUCAAGACAUGCUUAAUUAUUCAGAAAAGGAAAAGAAUAAUUUAGAGAUAGAUUUAAAUUACAAGCUUAAAUUGUUACAACAACGGUUAGAACAAGAAGUAAAUGAACACAAAGUUACCAAAGCUCGCCUGACUGACAAACAUCAGUCUAUUGAAGAAGCAAAAUCUGUUGCCAUGUGUGAAAUGGAAAAAAAGCUAAAGGAAGAAAGGGAAGCUCGAGAAAAGGCCGAAAAUAGAGUUGUUCAGACUGAGAAACAGUGUUCCAUGCUAGAUGUUGAUCUGAAACAAUCUCAACAGAAACUGGAGCAUUUGGCUGAAAAUAAGGAAAGGAUGGAGGAUGAAGUAAAGAAUCUAACCUUGCAACUGGAGCAGGAGUCAAAUAAGCGACUAUUGUUACAAAAUGAAUUGAAGACUCAAGCAUUUGAAGCAGACAAUUUAAAAGGUUUAGAAAAACAGAUGAAACAGGAAAUAAAUACUUUAUUGGAAGCAAAGAGAUUAUUAGAAUUUGAGUUAGCUCAGCUUACAAAACAGUACAGAGGAAAUGAAGGACAAAUGCGGGAACUACAAGAUCAACUUGAAGCUGAACAGUAUUUCUCCACACUUUAUAAAACCCAGGUAAAGGAACUUAAGGAAGAAAUUGAAGAAAAAAACAGAGAAAAUUUAAAGAAGAUUCAAGAACUACAAAAUGAAAAAGAAACUCUUUCUACUCAGUUGGAUCUAGCAGAAACAAAAGCUGAGUCUGAGCAAUUGGCUCGAGGACUUUUGGAAGAACAGUAUUUUGAACUGACUCAAGAAAGCAAGAAAGCUGCUUCAAGAAACAGACAAGAGAUUACAGAUAAAGAUCAUACGGUUAGUCGGCUUGAAGAGACGAACAGCAUGCUAACCAAAGAUAUCGAAUUACUAAGAAAAGAAAAUGAAGAGCUAACCGAAAACAUGCGGAAGGCAGAAGAAGAAUAUAAAUUGAAGAAGGAAGAAGAGAUCAAUAACCUUAAGGCUGCCUUUGAAAAGAAUAUCAGUACAGAACGAACCCUCAAAACACAGGCUGUUAACAAGCUGGCAGAAAUAAUGAAUCGCAAAGAUUUUAAAAUUGAUAGAAAAAAAGCUAAUACACAAGACUUGAGAAAGAAAGAAAAGGAAAAUCGAAAAUUACAGCUGGAACUUAAUCAGGAGAGAGAAAAAUUCAACCAGAUGGUGGUGAAACAUCAGAAGGAACUGAAUGACAUGCAGGCGCAAUUGGUAGAAGAAUGUACACAUAAGAAUGAGCUUCAGAUGCAGCUGGCAAGCAAAGAGAGUGAUAUUGAACAGUUACGUGCUAAACUAUUGGACCUUUCGGAUUCUACUAGUGUUGCUAGUUUCCCUAGUGCUGAUGAAACUGAUGGAAACCUUCCAGAGUCAAGAAUUGAAGGUUGGCUUUCUGUACCAAAUAGAGGAAACAUCAAAAGAUAUGGCUGGAAGAAACAGUAUGUUGUGGUAAGCAGCAAAAAAAUUCUAUUCUAUAAUGAUGAACAAGAUAAGGAACAAUCCAAUCCAUCUAUGGUAUUGGACAUAGACAAAUUGUUUCAUGUUCGACCUGUAACCCAAGGAGAUGUAUACAGAGCUGAAACUGAAGAAAUUCCAAAAAUAUUCCAGAUACUAUAUGCAAAUGAAGGAGAAUGUAGAAAAGAAGUAGAAAUGGAACCAGUACAACAAACUGAAAAAACCAAUUUCCAAAAUCACAAAGGCCAUGAGUUCAUUCCUACACUCUACCAUUUUCCUGCCAACUGUGAGGCCUGUGCCAAACCUCUCUGGCAUGUUUUUAAGCCACCUCCUGCCCUGGAGUGUCGAAGAUGCCAUGUUAAGUGCCACAGAGAUCACUUAGAUAAGAAAGAGGACUUAAUUUCUCCAUGUAAAGUAAGUUAUGAUGUAACAUCAGCAAGAGAUAUGCUGCUGCUAGCAUGUUCUCAGGAUGAACAGAAAAAAUGGGUAACUCAUUUAGUAAAGAAAAUCCCUAAAAAUCCACCAUCUGGUUUUGUUCGUGCCUCACCUCGAACGCUUUCUACAAGAUCCACUGCAAAUCAGUCUUUUCGGAAAGUGGUCAAAAACACAUCUGGAAAAACUUGUUAACCUUAUUGACCUACUGCCUUAUGGAAUCAUGGGAUGCUACCUGAUAAACCAGGCUUCUUUAACCAUGCAGAGCAGACAGGCUAUUUUUUUGACACAAAUAUCACAGGCUUCAGGGUUAAGAUUGUUGUUAUUCUGUCCUUGCUUUGGCACAAAAGCACACUGAGGUUUCCUUCUUUUUUUUAUUGCGGGUUUGCCUACAGGUAGAUUAGAUUAAUUAUUACUAUGUAAUGCAAGUACAAUUGGGGGAAAGCUUAGCUAGAUAUAUAUUUUUAAAAAGGUGCUGCCUUUUUGAAUUUCUAAGAAAACGCCUGUCAGUCAUGAUAGAACACAGUUUCCUCAUAUAAGUGAGAGAAAUAAACUUUCACUUUGAAGUGGAAUGCCAUCACUAUCAAGAUUAGCUCAUGGAGUAAAGAAAAUAUCUCAAAAUGAGACAAGUUUUUUUUUUUUAAUGACUUAAGUUUUUGUGCUCUUGCAAGACUAUACAAAAAUAUUUUCUGAAAGCAGUGAUAUCACUUGAAAUUAAGUGCCCUCACUGUAGAAUUAAAAAGCCUUACUGUUGAUUGCCUAUGGUGGACUUGAUAAGGAAAUUAAAUAUCUUACAUUUGCUUUACAAAAUACUGUAUGUAUUUCCACAAUAUUGUAGGUAGGGAAAUGGGAGAAGACAAAAAAAUUACAUUUAAUCUAUGCAUUUUGCCAAGCCAUAUUGAGAUAUUUUACUACUAGAGACAUUAGGAACUAACUGUACAAAAGAAACACCUAUAAAAGCAUUUUGUGGGUUACAUCAUUUCUGUAAUUGUAUAAUGUAUUUCUUUAUGGUUUUAAGUGAUAAAGACAUUAAGUUAACAAAUGUAUAAGAAAUGUAUGCACUGUUUGAAAUUUAAAUUAUUAUUAGAACACUGUCAGUGGGAGUUGCAUUGCCCUAUUAGUGCCUUAAUUUGAGAGAAUUAUUUUACUGCCAUGAGAAAGUAUAAAAUUUUCAGAAAACAGAUUUUUUUUUAAAAAUUAUGUGUUUCAUGGGUUUUUCACUGAUAAUUGGUUUAAUUUAAAAUAUUUAGAUAUUUGUUGGGUUUUUUCACAUAUGGAGUACAAUCUUGCAUCAAACUACCUGCUACAAUGACUGUAAAACUACAGAAAAUAUACAAGGUUGCACCAAUAUAAAAAGAUAAUUAUGGCAAUACAUCUAUGUUUUCCAGUUAACAUAGGAAUUACCAGAAAUACUAUUAAACUCUUGUACAGUAACAAGAGUUGAUUUGUAUUAGCAGUAUGAUUUAUUAUUUUGUUAACCAAAUACCUCCUCAGUAAUUUAUAAUGGCUUUGCAGUAAUGUGUAUCAAAUAAGAAGCACUGGAAAACUGAUCGUCUCUAGGAUGGUAUGCAUGUUUCAAGUGGUAUUGAAAGCCGCACUGAUGGAUAUGUGAUAAUAAACAUAUCUGUUAUUAAUAUG